ACCACAAGUUGUGACAGUGCCUGUUGAUCUAAAAGAUCAGUCUGAGGAAAAUGGUUCCUCUAAAGAUCAACCAUUAAUGCAGGACAUGCUAAAAAAUGUCCCUGAGCACUUAUGGUCCAAACAUGAUACAGAUGUGGGUUUAGUAAAAUCUGCAGAACCAGUCUCAGUUCAAAUAAAACCAAAUGCACGGUUUCCUUUUCGCCAGCAAUACCCAUUAAAACCAGAAGCAGAACAAGGCAUUCAGAAAACCAUUGACGGAUUGAUGCAAGCAGGUGUGCUGGUGGAAGUAGAAAGUCAAUGUAAUACUCCAAUUUUUCCAGUUCUGAAAGCAGACAAAAACAAAUACCGUCUUGUUCAUGACUUAAGAGAAAUAAACAAGAUAAUAGUAGACGCAGAAUCGGAUGUGCCAAAUCCAAAUACUCUUUUAAAUUCAAUACCAUCAGAAGCAUGUUUUUUCACCGUUAUUGAUCUCUGUUCAGCGUUUUUCAGCAUUCCACUAGCGGAAGAGUCACAACAUUUAUUCGCAUUUACCUACAGAGGUAAAAAGCUCAGUUAUACCCGAUUGCCUCAAGGGUUUAAACUUAGCCCGCACAUAUUUAAUCAGGUGCUAAAAAAUGAUUUGGAAGGACUCAAUUUAACUGGAACUGUGUUACAGUAUGUGGAUGAUUUGUUAAUCUGUGGAAACACACUAAAUGACUGUCAUCAGGACUCAAUCAAAGUUCUACAAAGAUUAGCAGAGGGAGGACACAAGGUCUCCAAACAAAAACUACAGUAUUGUCAACCACAGGUAGAUUACCUAGGAAGACAAAUAUCCCAAGGAACAGUUGGCAUUUCACCUUCUCAGCUGGAAGGUGUCAGCAAAGCUCCAAGUCCACGAACAGUUGGCGAAAUGAUGACAUUUUUGGGAAUGACAGGUUUCAAUGCAGACUGGAUUGAAAACUAUGCGGAAAAAUCAGCACCACUUAGAGAGCUCAUAAAAGAAACAGGAAACCAGUCAUUAAAAGCAGUGUUAAAAUGGACAACAGAAGCUAAAAUAGCUUUUGAAACACUAAAACAGGAAAUGCAAGUGGCACCAACUUUGGCAUUGCCAAAUUAUGACAAACAAUUUUACCUGUAUGUAGCCAACAGAAAAAACAUGUACGCAUCAGCUGUACUAAUGCAAGAAACCUGUGUAGGACGACGAAAACAAGCCAUUGCUUAUUACAGCACUAAACUAGACAAUGUGGCCCAAGGCUGGCCACCAUGUUAUCAAGGUCUAGCAGCAGUCUACUACGCUUAUGAAAAAGCAUCAACCAUAACAAUGGGUUAUCCGGUAACAAUACAGACCCACCACAAAAUCACAGAACUGAUAAAUCAAGGAAAGUUUGUGAUGACUCAGGCAAGAUGUUUACAGUACAUGCCACUUUUAACAUAUCCAGAUGUAACAGUACAAAGGUGUACAACAAACAACCCUGCUGACAUGGUACCUCUAGACUGUGAAGGAGAACCACACGAGUGUCUUGCAGAAACAAUGAAAUUCACAAGACUAAGACCCGAUUUAGAGUCAACUCCGAUAAUGAACGCGGAAGUCACUUAUUUUGUUGACGGGUCAUGUUUCAGAGAUCAUCUUGGAAACCACGCAGGUUAUGCUGUGGUUAAACAAGUAGGAGACAAUUUUGUAACAGUCAAAGCAGAAAAAUGUGAGCAACCAUGCUCUGCCCAAAAAGCAGAACUAAAAGCUUUGACAGAAGCGUGCAAACUAGCAAAAGGAAAAGUAGCAAACAUAUUCACAGACUCGGCUUAUGCCCAUGGGGUGUGUUAUCUGUUUGCUGCUGUUUGGAAACAAAGAGGUUUCAAACGAGCAGACGGCAGUCCAGUAUUACAUCAAGAACAGCUAAAAGAGCUGAUUGCAUCGAUGAUGCUGCCAUCAAGACUGGCAGUGAUCAAAUGCAACGCCCAUCGUAAAGGUAAUGAUUUAGUCAUUAAAGGGAACAACGCCGCAGAUGAGGCAGCAAAACUAGCAUCAAAGUGCCAGAUGGCUAUCUUGGCACCAGUGGUCACCUUGGAACCAAUGGUGACACCAGAAGACAUCAUUUUGAUGCAGCAGGAAGCAGGUGCGAGUGAGCACUCUCUCUGGGCGCAGAGAGGUGCGACAAUGAGUGAAAAUGGUUUGUGGAGAUCACAAAGUGGACAUUUAGUUGCACCAGUAGCAUUGUUGACAAUGUUGGUCUCAGAAGCACAUGGUUUGGAUCACUGUGGUAGAGGUAAAGUGAUGGAGAAGUUGAAAAAGCAAGGUUAUUGGUCGCCUUACAUGCAAGCAAUGGUGGAUGAAAUCUUGAGCCAAUGUGAAAUAUGUGCAGAAAACAAUGUACGAAAAGGCAUAAAAUCACCGAUUGGACACAUUCCGGUCCCUGAGGGACCCUUUAAACAUCUUGUGAUAGAUUAUGUUGACAUGAUAAAGCCAGUGCAAGGGAAAAGGUACAUGCUGGUUGUGAUCGAUCGGUUCAGCCGAUGGGUUGAAGCAGUCCCAUCAAAGACAUUGGGAGCUGAGACAGUGAUUAAGUUUCUGACAAGAGAGGUGAUUCCGAGAUUUGGCAUCCCAUCAGAAAUCAGUUCAGAUAAUGGUUCAGCUUUUAUCCAAAAGGUGUUAAAAGGUGUUUUGUCAAAGCUAGGAAUUAAACAACGCUUUGGAGCAGUCUAUCACCCGCAGAGUCAGGGUAUUGUUGAGAGAAUCAAUGGGACUUUGAAAGCUAAGCUGAAUAAAAUCUGUGCUUCUACUAACCUAAACUGGGCUGAUGCUUUGCCGCUUGCGCUAAUGAGCUAUCGCAUGCAGAUGCACCGCAGCACACAUUUAACCCCGCAUGAAAUGCUAACAGGCAGAACAAUGCCAGUGCCUGAAUGGAGGCUUCCAUUCAAAGGCCCGGCACUUGAACAGCUACAGACAGAGUUGAAAGCAUAUAUGGACCAACUAACUGCUAUCCAUAGAGCUAUCUAUCUGCAGGAAAAAGCCAGAAGUUCCUGUCCAGAGUCGGUGGUGAAGAGACCAGUCGAACCAGGAGACCUGGUGUACGUGAAGGUGUUCAGACGUAAAUGGAACAGCUCGAGAUGGGACGGACCAUUUGAGGUCAAACGAGCGACCGCAACCGCCGUCCAAGUUCAGAGGUGGUGAGCCUAACAACAGCGAGGCCGGAGAUGAACUCUCACAGCCUGCAGACAGCACCACAGCAUCAGCCAACGUCAGCUCAACCACGAGUGAAACAAGCAACGAGUAAUGAGGGUCGAGACAAUCGACAUGCAACCAUGAAAUGUGGGACUUCAGUCUAUAAAGGGAAAUCCACCCUUGCAGAACAAGAUAAGUACAACACAACGUUAAUGGGUUUGACAAAGUACACACCAGUGUUUUUGCCAGCUGAACUGAAGUUAAUGACUCAUCUAGGUCUUAAAGAACAGUUAAGAGAAAAAACAAAAAGGUUGCGUAAGAAAAGAGAGACCCAUGCUGAAUUAAAAUGGAAAGCAACGGUAACCGAUACAGGAUUUCGUACAAAAUAAGAUACGGAAUUUGAGGUGAACAUUUAUUACAAUGAUCAAAAAUUGUGUGGAAAAAGUGUCAAAAAGGUAUAUACAGAAUAUGGGAUAAAUCAGUGCUCAUUUAUUCUGUACAUAAAGGAUGAUGGUUUUGAGGUAGAAA